AUGCUGCUCAUUCUCUGGGGUCUUCUUAUGAACAACCCGGGCGAAAGAUUAUCUACAUGUAACUACCCUGUUGUCGAACAAGAUCAAUCUGGUGCUGUCAGUGACCGCUUUCAGGAAGACGAGAGGACAGCACUGCAAGCUCUGCGGACCAUGGUAGUCCUUGUAAAAAUGCAGAUUCAUCUUGUCAAUGCCGCAUUGGGCUGUCAAAUGGCGACUGGUCACCGGUGA